CACCGCGGCUUCAGUCUAGCAGCAAUGUGGCUUUGUAUUCCGGUCUGGUGUUUGUGUUGCUGUGCGGUUAUUUGAGGAACCCGGCUGUUAUAGUGUCAGUGUUUUUCUCUUCUUCUUCUAUUUUUUGUGGCAUGAUAUUUAGUAGUUUUUUUGUGGCUAAUGGCACAACAAGAGGACUUGCCUUUCAAAAGAAAAAACUUUUCGAUACCUGAAACUUGACAUUGACUGCAGUGGCGUUCACCUCGAUCUGACUCUGGCAUGAAGGGACAUAAUGAGUUGCCUGCUUAAAUAUUUACAUUCGAGGGUAUAAUCCUUUAAUGUGGAUACUGAACCAGCUGCCUUUUCUGUUUCUGAUUUAUGGGUUUUGACUUUGUUGGACCCUGUGACCAUCAUUGAUCAUGGUUGGUGAUAAACCUGCAGAUCUUGUCCCAACAGUCGCUGUCAAGAUCUUUUCAGCUGGAGCAGCUGGCUGUGUGGCCGACCUGGUCACUUUCCCCCUGGACACAGCCAAAGUCAGACUGCAGAUUCAAGGGGAAUCCAAGUCCUCACUGGAAGGCCAGAGGAUGAAAUACAGUGGUGUGUUUGGCACCCUCUUUACCAUGGUGAAGACUGAGGGCCCAAGGAGUCUGUACAGUGGGCUGGUGGCAGGGCUGCAGAGACAGAUGAGCUUCGCCUCAAUCCGCAUUGGCUUGUAUGACACCAUGAAGCAGCUCUACUCCAGCGGUUCAGACAGUGCAGGAAUCGGGACUCGUCUGCUGGCAGGCUGCACCACAGGGGCGAUGGCGGUGGCCCUCGCUCAGCCCACUGAUGUGGUAAAAGUCAGGUUCCAGGCUCAGGUCCGCCUCCCUGAGAGCGGCUCUGUGAUGAGGUACAGCAGCACAAUUGAUGCCUACAAGACCAUUGCCAGGAAUGAGGGUGUUAAAGGGCUCUGGAAAGGUGUACUGCCAAAUAUAACUCGUAAUGCCGUCGUAAACUGCUCCGAGCUGGUGACCUAUGACAUCAUCAAAGAGUUCAUCCUGAAGUACGACCUGAUGACAGACAACAUGCCGUGUCACUUCACAGCAGCCUUCGCAGCAGGUUUCUGCACCACCAUCGUAGCAUCUCCAGUGGAUGUGGUAAAAACGCGCUUCAUGAAUUCAGUGCCUGGACAGUACAGCGGUGCUACUAACUGUGCCUUAACCAUGCUGAUUAAAGAGGGGUCCACAUCUUUCUAUAAAGGAUUUAUCCCCUCGUUUCUUCGUCUGGGUUCCUGGAACAUUGUGAUGUUUGUGAGCUACGAGCAGAUUAAGAGAGCUGUGAUAGGAUGUCAGCAGUUCUGGGAGUCUCCGCUCUGACCUGUUUAACAGCUGGUUUGGUCCCAGAGUGGUGUUACUGGUGUGGCAAAGCCAACUGUCUGUCAACUGUGUGGUUAUACCUGCUGCUGGGCCAGAUUUUUCUUCCUCAGGGAUUAAACUGCAUGUGCAUCUUAUUAAAGAGGCGUCACUCAAAAGAAAAACAGUAGGGAUGAUUAAUGUAGAAUUUUUGCUGAUGUACGCACAGAAGGCCUUUUUCAGGACAUUUUGACAUGUCACAGUAAGAAAAUCACAGGUGUAAACAGUAAAAUUGGUGGCUGAAUUCCAUUUGGCUGCUGCAGUUUCAGGCUCCUGGUAUUGAACAGGGCCAUUGUUAAUUUUAUUAUUGCUUUUCUUACUAUGACAUGUCAAAAUAUCUGUCUCAAAAAGGCCUAUUUACCAAGUAAAAUCUUGUGUGGAUGGGGAUGUGAGUUAUUUACAGGGCCGUUGUAAAGCACAGUAACUUAUUGGCUUUGUAGAUUUUUUUAGUGUCUUGGUUGGGUUUUAUAUUUCAUGUCAGGUUUCAGGUGAAUCUCCUCUUUUUUGAUCAUGUGAAAAAAUGCAGUCCUUCACAUGAAUUUUUAGGUUGCAAUUAACUCACUUUCAAAUGUCAGAAUAAAUUGUGAAAAAUGUC